AUGGCUGAUUUACACUUGAAGAAGAAAAGAGGUUACAUCUGGGCAAUUUCUGCUGGGCUUAAUGCAGCUCUUGCCGCAAUCUCUGCAAAAUUCUUCUCAUCUCUUGUGAUUAAGUAUGGUUUAGUUGUGUUGUGCAAUGUGGUUAUGUGGGGAUGUUAUGUAAACAGCUUAAGAGCUCUCUCUUCUUUACAAGCUACGGUCACUAACUUUGCUGCUAAUUUCCUCUCUUCCGGUUUAGCUGGUCUCUUUCUGUUUCAAGAAUCAUUAUCAUUCCAAUGGUUUGCGGGAGCUUUAUCGAUCACCAUUGGAGUUUUGAUACUUAGUAAGUCAAGUGUUGACGAUAAGAAGGUUAGGGCGGAUUAA